AUGAUAAUGGUUCACCUUGGAAUUUUAUUGCCAAGGAACAAGAAACAGAAAAUCCAGCUGCCUGAAAAAAUUGAGCGGCUUUGCCAAGAGAAAAACAUAAAAAUUACUGAACUAAGUAUCGAUAGUGAUAAUGGAAUAAAGGAAGGCUGUUUUGAUGUAUUGCUUCACAAAGUUACUGAUUAUUAUAACGAGUUUACAGCUGAAGAAGCAGAUAUAAGAAUUAAAAAGUUCAGGGAGUACAUUCUGAAAUAUCCCAAAAUGAUUGUCAUUGAUGAUAUCGAAGGGUGUAUAAAAAUGACAGACAGGAAAUACCAAACACAAAUUUUAAAAGCAUGCGAAAUAACGUUGGAUGGUAUAAAGGUGUUUGUGCCAAAGAUAAUCGAGAUUCCAGUUAACACAGGUGUGAAAGACGCAGAAAUUUUGCUAACUGAGAAUGGUGUAAAAUUCCCAGUGAUAGCUAAACCUAUAACAGCUAGCUUGGCAGAUGGUUCACAUCAAAUGAUGUUGAUAUUUUCAAAAGCUAGUAUAAAAGAUCUUCCAGUUCCAUGCUUGGUGCAAGAGUUUCGCAAACAUGGCGGAGUAGUAUAUAAGGUUUAUGUCAUAGGCGAACACUUUUACAUGUGUGAGAGACCAUCAAUCAAAGAUAUUGACAACUCUUCAAAGACAACGUUAAUAUUUGACACAAGGAAUGUUUCUAAAACUGGCAAAGCCUAUAUCCCAGACCUGCAUGUCGCGGACCCGAACCUGCGUGAAUGGCUGUCGUGCGACGAUUGUCCUAAUAUGUUGAAUCGAACUGUUGUAAAUGAGCUCUGUCAUAUUAUACGCUGUGAAACAAAGUUAAAACUUUUUGGUUUUGAUGUUUUAAUAGAAAAAGACACUGGGAAUUAUGCAUUGAUCGAUGUAAAUCAUUUCCCUGGGUAUAAAGGGAUAAAUGAAAAAUACUUCGCUCGAGAUCUUGUUGAAUUGAUUCUUCACGAAGGGACCAAAAAACCAUAA